AUGUCCAUCGUGACAACGGCUUAUAUUCUUAUGGCUGCCGCUCUCACUCUGAUGGUUCCAUUCUGGCAGGUGAACCCAACAGCAGCAUUCUCAGACGCAUUCGCGACUCGUGGCGCUACGUGGGCCAAGUACGCUGUGUCGGUUGGUGCAAUGUCGGGCAUGACAACAAGCCUCGUGCCGCUGAAUGCUGUGGUCGUGUUCGGUGCCGCCACUUCUAUUAUAGCAUUUCUGUUUGACAUCGAAACACUGGUAGAAUUUUUGUCAAUCGGAACACUCCUCGCAUACACUAUCGUUUCGGCCUGCGUGAUCGUGUUGCGCUAUCGGCCAACGGUUAACGAAAUUAAUAUGACUGAAAGAAACGGUGGCCGAAUAAAGUCGUGGGCACCAGGCCAGCGCUGGCUGAAUAUUCUUGAGCCAGGCAGACUGGUGACGUGGUGUGUUUUCACGAUGAUAAUCGGUGAUGCCGGUAUCAGUACAGUAUUCGCCACCGGAUUUGCACAGAGCUCGCUGGGUCGGAUAUCAGCAUUCGCUUUCGGAUCGCUCUCUGCUGUUGCUUUCCUCUUGAUCUGCUUCCAUCAUCAAAAUGAUGCCCAAAUUUCGUUCAGGGUUCGUUGCCCCGAAUAUUCCUAG